AAGCCUCUCUAGUGAAAUAUGAAGUAAGAUGCAUCAACGUAUGAUGGUAACUCCUUCCUUAAAUCUCCAGCCGUCCGGGUCGACGAUGAGAUGGAACAAGCGUGCGGUGCUUUGCGGAAUCACUUACAACAAUUUGAAGGAGUUAAGGCUAAAAGGAUCUAUUAACGACGUGAAGAACAUGAAAGAGUUGUUGAUUACUAAAUUCGGGUACCCUAGUGACUGCAUCCGUGUUCUCACCGAAGACGAAUUGGACCCAAGAUUUAUACCUACGAGGAAGAACAUCGAGGAUUGGUUGCAAUGGCUGAUGAAAGACUGCCGGCCGGGAGAUUCGUUGGUGUUUUACUUCUCCGGUCACGGCUCACGAGUACGUGAUUAUAACGAUGAUGAAGUGGACGGGUUCGACAAAACCAUAUGUCCCCUUGAUUUUGAAGAAGCGGACGUGAUGGUGGAUAAUGAUCUUAAUUCCCUAAUCGUUCGUCCGCUCACUCGUGGCGUUACACUCCAUGCCAUCGUCGAUGCUUGUCAUAGUGGAACCAUUUUAGAUCUCACCAAAGUUUACAACAGCCUAGAGAGAAAAUGGGAAGACAACAGUCCUCCCUCGGGGGCGUAUAAAGUUACAAAUGGUGGAUUAGUGAUUUGCAUCAGUGCUUGUGUCGAUAAUCAAGCCGCUGCUGAUACCUAAUUUUUGUUUUAAUAUCACUAUACAAUCACACUCUGAUCAAAUACACACCGCCGCAGGCCUUCACACCUGGGACCAAGAACGGUGCUUUGACCUACGUGUUGGUCGAGAUUCUCAAGAAAUUACCAGGCCUCACAUACGGAGACAUGUUCGAUUUAAUUCAUGAAACCCUCAACAACGUUAAUCAAUCUCGACCCCGUUCUAUUACAGGAAUCUUAAAAAAUC